UUCCUUUCAUUCUAUAUCUUUUCUGUAUGUCUUCAACCUCAAUGGUAUAUCUGUUGAUUCUAGGAAAAGCAGGUUUCGGCCCCUCCAGCCCCCUCGGCCGCUGGUUCUGCUAACAACGGUCCAACCACCUCUUCUCCCAACACUAACACGAGUGCGAUUAGUACUGCUACGAACGCUAACACCAACACCAACACCAACACCAGCACCAACAGCAAUACAAACACAAAUUCAACGACGACGAAUCCAAGUACAGGCACGGGCACUCAAACACAGGCACAAGCACAGGCAGGACAACCUGCGGAUAGUGUGAAGAGUAAUGCUGUGUCGAUGACCACUGCAGAUGAUAUCAAGUAUAAGCGCAAAUACAAGGAUCUCAAGAAGAGGAUACGGGAUAUUGAAGAGGACAAUGACAUCCUCAACAUCAAACUGAGCCGUGCCCGAAAGAAUAUCCACCGCCUGCGUGUCGAGAGAAGCUUCCUGUUCGAUAGACUGGAUGAAUCCGAGCAAGGCACACAUCCCUCAGCAUCCUCCUCCUCAACCUCAGAGUCGGAUUCGGAUGAAGAACGAAACAACGGUGACCCCUCCAAGUCCCACCACCAUCGAACCCAUUCUCGAAAUAACCAUGGACUCGACCGUCUGAAGCGAUAUCGGCACUCGGCCUCGUCCUCGUACUCGCACCAUCACCAUCAUCACCAUCAUCACAAUAACAACAAUAACAACAACACUUCGUCUUCACACCCUCCUGCCACUGGGUCCCAUGAACACGCACGCGGACGAUCCAAGACCCCGCCAUCACGAGGAUCUUCCGUCAUUGGUUCCGGAAACCAGAACACGAGCACGAACACGAGUUUGAACGUAAACUCGACAGAGCAAGCACAGGGACAGGCGUCAUCGCCGAACGGGAAGCGCGGAGCGGCAGCAGGGGGGACGGCGAUGACGACGAUGACGACGGCGGCGGCGAAGAAAAGACGUAAGGACCCCUUAGCCCCGAAGCGCCCCUCGAACGCGUUCUUUAUCUUUUCACAGCAACACCGGCAGCAGGCACGGGAGGAAAAGAAGGAGGGCAAUCAAAGUGAGCUGACAAAGUUCCUGGGCCAGCAGUGGAAGUCCAUGCCAUCGACCGAGAAAAAGAUCUACUCUGAGCUGGCUGUUCAGGAUAGACAACGCUACUUGGAAGAGAUGAAGGAAUACGAGCACGAGCACGGACAGGGAGCUAACUCACACAACGAAACGACAAAGGGGCGCAAGAAGGCGACGUCGACUGGCAAGGUUGGACGGCCGUCAAAAUAUGACAAGUAUAUUGCAGAGGUCAAGGAGAUCAAGAACAACCUGGCGGCGGUGAACGGACAGUCAACGGCAUCAUCACCUUCUGCAGUCAAGAAGAAGAUGGAGAUUCAUUCGAUGAUCAAUGGUGAUACCGAAGGUGAAGCUGAAGCUGAAGCUGAGGGCGAAGGCGAAGGUGAAGUCGAGGGUGAAGGCGAAGGCGAGGAUAUCGCAUCGCAUGAUGAUGAAGAUACGAGGAUGGAGGACGCGACUGAAGAAGAUGAGCAUGAGGAGGAGGAGGAAGAUGACGACCAUGACAACGAGCAGGAUCAUGAAGAUGAAGGGGAGGAGGAUACUGCGGGGGAACAGGAUCAAGUCGAAGUGCGUCGUGGUAGUCUUGGGAACGGCAGUGCGGUUGCGUACAGUAGGCACGGACACGUACACGGACACAAUGGGGGACAUGGGGAGGAUGUUGAGAUGGUGGAACCGCAUCGGGGUCAGGAACCCACGGGCGCAGCACAUCAUGGACUGACCGUUGGUGCAUAAUCGAAACGUGCUUCAUUUACUGCUAUCUUCCCUCCUCCGCACCUUUCAUGUAAUCUUAGUUUUUACUCAUCCAUUUAGUAACUCUGCUCUUCCUUUCGUCCCUUUCCUGUGUUCCAUGAAGAUCUAUGUUUGCUUAGUUGUUCUGCUACUUAUUCAUAUUGAAAAAAAAAAAAGAAAAGAGAUACGAUACACCAGGUUUGGAAGAAUACAUACACAAACAAAAAAAAAUAGUUUUCUUUUGCAAUAGAACACAUAUG